UUUGAAAUUCCCUGUCUUCUGAAUCAAACUUCCGGUUCGAGUGGCGCCCCCUCCGAGGCUACGAGUCUCUAUACACGCUAUUAGUUCCUCCGCUUCCUUCUUUCACACAUGGGUAGUGGCAUCGUAUAGAUUAUCUUACGAUGAAGCUCAACGUGUCGUUUCCGGCAACAGGAUGCCAAAAAUUACUGGAAAUUGUCGACGAGCACAAGCUCCGAAUGUUCUACGAGAAACGUAUGGGUGCAGAAGUUGCGGCUGAUCCACUCGGUGACGAAUGGAAAGGCUAUGUUGUUCGCGUUGCCGGAGGAAAUGACAAACAAGGAUUCCCCAUGAAACAGGGUGUUCUCACUAAUGGUCGAGUACGUUUGUUACUUUCCAAGGGUCACUCUUGCUACAGACCACGUCGUACAGGAGAACGUAAGCGCAAAUCAGUUCGAGGUUGCAUUGUCGAUGCUAAUCUGUCUGUACUGGCGCUCGUUAUCAUUAAGAAGGGAGAGCAGGAAAUUCCUGGACUCACAGACAAAAAUCUCCCACGUCGUUUGGGACCUAAGAGAGUAGGAAGGAUCCGUAAGCUUUUCAACCUCACAAAGGAGGACGAUCCACGUGCAUUCGUGGUCAAACGCCCGGUACAGAAGGAAGGAAAGAAAGAGAGAUUGAAGGCUCCCAAAAUCCAGCGUCUGAUAACACCUGUAACUUUGCAACGCAAGAGGCACCGAAUUGCUUUGAAGAAACGACUGUGCCUGGCCAGAAAAGAACAAGCCGCCGAGUAUGCGAAACUUCUCGCCCAAAGACAGAAGGAAGCAAAGGCUAAACGUAAGGAAGAAUUGAAGCGAAAACGCAGUGCUUCUAUGCGUGAUUCCAAAUCGUCUAGCCACUCCAACACCCUCACCACUGCGAAAUAAACGUGUAACAACCAUUAACAUGAAUUUUCCAUCUGUUACACUGUUGGUGAUACUGUUUGAGUAUUAAAAGAAAAACCUUUCAUUUCACAAUGAAAAAA